CUGAAGCUUCUCCGGCCUUCUCCGUCCCCGGAAUCCCCAUCCCCACUCCCCGCCGAGCACCAAAACAGUUUGGCAGGACGCCCGCCGAGCGGCGAGCCGCCGAACAUCACAAGCACACACGAGUGACGAGGCCGCCAACCUUCCAGAAGCUUCGCCAAAGAUGCUCUCCAAGCUGUCGGCGUGGUUCUUGAACCCGCGCCGGAACCCGCUCGCGCGACUCCACCGGAACGCCAUCGCUUCCCGCCUCCGCAAAUACGGGCUCCGGUACGACGACCUGUACGACCCGUACCAUGACCUGGACAUCAAGGAGGCGCUGGCGCGGCUGCCGCGGGAGGUGGUGGACGCACGCAACCAGCGACUCAAGCGCGCCAUGGACCUCUCCAUGAAGCACAAGUACCUACCCGACGACGUCCAGGCUAUACAGACGCCAUUCAGGAGCUACCUUUCUGACAUGCUUGCUCUUGUGAAAAAGGAGAGCGCAGAGCGUGAAGCAUUGGGAGCGCUUCCACUCUACCAGAGAACCAUCCCAUAAAGCGCCUUUGCAUGAUCCAACAGUGCACGCCAUGGUCAGCAGCGUCUUGUAGUAUAAUGUGUAUUGUUUCUUUUCCCAGGAAAUACUAUGUACUAUUAUGUUUGGCAGCAAAAAAUAAAAAAGACAUAUGUUUUACUGACAUUUUGGUAUAGAAGUCUACAUGGUUAUGCACAACUGUUUUCGCUUCAGUUGAACAACUUGCCGUUGUCCUCUCGUAGUCCUACAACAAUAUAUGGUCGAUGAGAUGUAUAUUUGUGUAUUUACAAAAUUCUGGAACUGUUCGGUUCACUUCGCGAACAGAUAUACUGUACUGAGGUCCCUCAUGUCAGAUGCACUGUGCAAUGUUUUGUGUCA